AUGUUUUAUGGACAAAUGCUUACAAUUCCGCAAAGACGACUGGAUACGGAAACGCCAUUUCCCCAUCUACUCUCUCUUCUGCGUGUAUGCAGUCCCCGGCAGCUAGAUUUCCCCAAUAUUCAUCGUGCUGCCCGUCGCAUAUUCGAAGAUGCCUUCCCUUCUAAUCCAGAGGCAUUCACCCAUAACCACCCAUUACAUGAAGCAUUACCAAUGGCCAAAUCCCUUAAUAUCCCUCAUGUCACGAAAGCAAUCUUCUAUAGUUUGGUCUCGACUACCGACUUUGAUGUAUCUGGUCCACCAUCGCAUUCAGGCCAGGAUGGUUCAAACACAGCUCAACCGCGGCAAGGCCUCUCUUUGGACGAACAAGGAUCUAAACGAGCCCCCCAAUCCAAAAUAGUACCAUCAAAAACCCUCUCUCCAGCCGAUUCCCGAACCUGUCUCAACCUUAUGAAUCGUCUCAUUGACCAUUUCACUCCGAUCCUGUUUACGCCGCCCGCUACGUCGCAUAUGGAAUGCACUGAUGUAUUCGCCGAGACAUGGAUGCCUCUAGUUAUACAGCCCGCAAUCGAAAAUGACGGGGUCUAUAAACCGUUAGAGACCUUGCAAAGGAAUAAGGAGAUAGAUUGGGUUAAACGUGGUAUGUGUGCAUCUUGUGUAGCUGAGAAAGUGGAAGAGUGGUCAGAAGAACAGCGGUCCAUCUGGAAGAUGAUGGAUGAAUGGCUCGAGCUGCCAUCGAAUUCAGCCGCUUACUCUUGA